UGUGACGAAUCGGUUUUCUACGGUGCGUUGUGGCGCAUACCGUUGAAGUAACUCAUUGGAGCAAGAAGCUUCGACUCAUUACCCAAAAACACACACACUAGAGCUAUCUCGACUAUUAGGUGGCCGACUUAUUCAAUGGACGCCAGCGCAUUGCCAGCACGGCCCUCUUCACAAUGCAUUGUUUAAAUCCGUGGUAACUGCACGCUUGACAUUCCUGCGAGCCAUUGUCAUUCUGCAUAACUGCCCGGAAACCGCCAUGUCUGCCUCCACAGGCUACUACCUAGAGGACGAGGAGAAAUCUAUCGCCAGGCUCGAAGAUGCUCGAGAUGUGUAUGCGAUCGAGGCAGCGCCAGAUCGCGUGAUCGUAAAGCGUUUUGGUAGAUUAGGACCUUUUCUAUCGAGACUCUUUGCAAGCGGUAUCGAGGCCCGUGGAGUAGAGCGUGUGCCAGAAAACCAGCGAGAAUCAAAAAAUGCCUGGAAUAACAUCCUGAUGUGGUGGUCCGUUAACACAGUGUUUGAUAUCAUUCCCAUCGGCGUGCUUGCACAGUCCACCUUUACUUUGAGUUUCGGUAAUGCUGUAGCUACUAUCCUCUGCUUUGGCGCUCUCGGGGCCGUCGCGACAGCAUUUGUUGCUACCCUCGGCCCCAUGACGGGCCUCCGUACCAUGGUCAUCACCCGUUUCAGCUCGGGAUAUCUCGGUUGUACCAUCUACUCAGUCCUCAACAUCCUCACGCAGCUUGGCUUUGCCACAACGACUGUCAUCCUCGGAGGUCAAACGCUGUCCAACAUUAACCCUGGUACUCUUCCUUCCGUCGUUGGAAUCAUCAUCAUUGGCGUGUGCUCCCUCAUCCCGUGCGUUGUUGGGUACAAUAUGGUGCACUUCUACGAGCGCUAUGCAUGGAUAAUUACCCUGAUCAGCAUGCUCUUCCUCUGUGGUCUUGGCGGAAAAGCUGGAUAUAACAUCAACGCGCAAAAGCCGCUUCAAGAGGAAAUGGGGCACGCCCUCACAGCAGACAUUCUCAGCUUUGGUGGGAUCGUAUUCGGCUUAUUUACUGGGUGGGCGCCAAUUGCAGCGGACUUCAACUGUCGGCUGCCUGCUGAUACAUCACCCAUGCGCGUGUUUCUACUCACUUUCUUCGGCUUGUUCAUCCCUAUCUGCUUUGUCACGAUUCUCGGCGCCGCCCUCAUGACCAUCACAGACCCUGCAUAUGUCGCAGCGUUCGGAAGCGGCUCGACAGGCGGCCUCGUUGCGCAGGUCCUGUCGCCAUUGGGUCACUUUGGCCAGUUCAUCCUCGUCCUGCUCUUGCUUUCUGUCAUUGCUAACAACAUCCCAAAUACUUAUUCCGCUGGUUUGUCCAUGCAGGCACUUGGACGCCCGUUCGCCAUUAUUCCGCGCUUCUUUUGGGUACUUCUAGCCUUCAUGGCGUACACUGUAGCUGGCGUUGCAGGCCGCGAGCAUUUUAGUACUAUUCUUUCCAAUUUCCUCAGAAUUCUCAGCGACUGGACGGCAUUCUUCAUCGUGAUCGUGGCUGAGGAACACUUCAUCUUCCGGCGGAAAAACGGGCCGCUUGGUGGGUACAACUUGGAUGAUUACGAUACGCCGUCGAAACUACCGGUGGGCGUAGCGGGUAUACUUGCGGGGUGCUUUGGUGCCGCAGGUGCUGUCAUUGGGAUGUCUCAGGAGUUGUAUACAGGUCCACUUGGAGAGAUGGUAGGAGCAGAGAUCGGGUUUGAGGUAUGCAUCAUCUUUGGUUGUUUGGACAUCGACUCGCUCACAAGAUUCAAGCUCGCAGCAGUAUUUUCAGCUGUAACUUACUUUCCGUUACGUGCACUUGAAAUCAGGCUCACUGGUCGAUGAAUGGAAGGUAUUCUAGUGCUGGUACGAAGGUCAUAGCAUAUCUAUGUGUGUAGUUUAAGUAUUAUAAGAUAGACGGCCAGAUUAUCAGGUACAGCAAAUAGAGGUGUUUCGAAACGUUGA